UACGCGAACACGCUUGUCGCGUCACACCGUUGUUUCGUAUUCCAAUUGAUUAUCACAUUCCUUAUCGCGAUCUUGAACGUUAAGUGUAUGUAUGCCGUGUGUUUAAUGGUGAUUACGUUUUAGUGAUAGAAAGAUUUCUAAGUGUUAAAUUAGUUACUUAUAUAUGAAUCUGUUUGACCAAUCUACCGUAUAUGAAGUGCAUGUUGGAAAACGGAUUAAUAAAUCAGAAUUGCUAAAUAUAUAAACGCUUCGAACGAAAUUGGAUUUGUAAUAAAAACAGUGAGUGCAGUGAGGAUGAGGUACCAGGGAGUUAUGCCGAAUGGAACGUCGGAUUUGUUUCCCAACUCUGCGAUCACGAAUGGCUCAUCAUAUGGCAAAGGAGAUAGAUACACUGCGGCUCCUAAUGAAAUUUUCGUGAACAGAUCACUACAUUUAGAAAAUGUUAAGUUUUAUGGAUUCGAUAUGGAUUAUACAUUGGCGGAAUAUAAAUCGCCUCAAUAUGAAAACUUAGGUUUUAAUUUAACUAAAGAAAGGUUGGUUCACAAAGGAUACCCACAGGAAAUAUUAGAAUUCGAAUAUGAUCCCUCCUUCCCUGUCAGAGGCCUAUGGUUCGAUACGCUGUACGGUAAUUUAUUGAAAGUAGAUGCAUAUGGUAACAUUCUAGUCUGCGUACAUGGAUUUGAAUUUUUAAAGCACUCACAGGUAUAUGAAUUAUAUCCAAAUAAAUUUUUAACACUCGACGAAUCAAGAGUGUAUGUGUUGAACACAUUAUUUAAUUUACCGGAGACGUAUCUGAUAGCUUGCCUCAUAGACUUCUUCACAAACAGCCCGCAGUACGCCAGAGAAAAGACAGGCGUAAGAUGCGGCGACCUCGCAAUGUCAUUCAAAUCUAUAUUCCAAGAUGUGAGGAACGCAGUCGACUACGUGCACAUACACGGCGACCUAAAGAAGAAGACAACGGAGAAUCUGGAUCUCUACCUGAAGAAAGACGACAGACUACCAAUGUUCCUGUCGCGGAUAAGGGAGAGUGGCGCGAAACUGUUCAUUCUCACGAACAGCGACUACAAUUUCACGGACAAGAUUAUGAACUAUCUCUUCGAUUUUCCAUACGGCGCGAAGCCCGGCGAGCCCCAUAGAAACUGGAAAACAUACUUCGAUUGGAUAGUAGUUGACGCAAAGAAACCACUGUUCUUCGGCGAGGGCACGACACUACGCCAAGUGGACACACGCACGGGUGCUUUGAAAAUGGGCCACCAUGUCGGACCCUUGCACGAGGGACUUGUAUAUUCUGGAGGUUCGUGCGAUGUCUUCACCGAGCUCAUAGGGGCAAAGGGUAAAGACGUGCUCUACAUCGGCGACCAUAUCUUCGGUGAUAUCCUUAAGUCAAAGAAGAUCGGCGGCUGGCGGACCUUCCUCAUAGUGCCGGAACUAGUUCAGGAGCUACACGUGUGGACCGACAAGUGUCAGCUGUUCGCUCAACUACAGAACCUGGACAUACAACUCGGGGAUAUGUACAAAGAUCUGGACUCGAGCACUAAGGAGAAACCCGACAUAUCGAAGCUCCGCAACGCGAUACGUGACGUGACGCACAAGAUGGACCUCGCGUACGGCAUGCUCGGCUCGCUGUUCCGCUCCGGGUCCCGACAAACUUUCUUCUCUUCGCAGGUGGUGAGGUACGCGGACCUGUACGCGGCGUCGUUCCUCAACCUGAUGUACUACCCGUUCUGCUACAUGUUCCGCGCGCCGGCCAUGCUCAUGCCGCACGAGUCCACCGUCGCGCACGAGCAGCGGUUCACCGUCGACACGCCCACCAUCGACCGGUCGCGGCACUCGAGCACGCAGCGCGCGUUCGCCGAGCGCGCGCUGAGCGCGGCGUGCGUGGCCGAGAUGUCGUCCGACGAGGCGGUGGGCCCGCCCGACGCCGCCGACCUCAAGGGCGAGCGCUCCGUGCCGCACGUGCGGCCCGAGACGCCGCAGCGCCUCACGCACACGCACGACGAGGACUGCUCCGACGACGACGACCUCAAGCACAAGUAGACCGCAGGUUUAAUGAGGCUGUAUAUCUGUAUAUUAUUACACGAUCUGUAUGUAUGGUCAAUUCAUUGUUCUUGUAAUGUUACGAAGAUGGUUCUAACAAAUUAUGUAUUUGAAAUGUAGAAAUUAAUUCGAUCGCUGGUUUUAAUAAAGCUAUUAUUGUUGAA